GCCCCGUUGUGUCUCAGCUGAACCAAUCUAUUCAUCUUCAAUUCAUCAUGAGCAGUAAGAAGCGCAGAUCGGAGACCCGGUUUGAUGCAAAGUGUAAUAAGAAAAUCGACCACUAUUUUCCUCAGGUCCCCAAAGAACAAGAGAGUAAUUGCAGUACUUCUCCAAUGAAGAUGAAAUCUAAAGGAGGUCCAAGAGAUAUAACUAACACCAAGGCUCAAAGAUUCCGUUCACCUAAGAAAAAUCCAGAAGACCAGACCAUGCCCCCAAAUAAGACGAUUAAUGUUACUUUGGAUAUAAACCAGAGGAAAAACAAAAAAAUGAAAUAUACGCUCAUAGGGAGUGAGAAAGAUUGCUUAUACAUGGCUCUCAACACUCUUGAGGCUGUCAGAGAAGAGACAGAAACUCACCAAGGCAGAGAAAUGCUGGUAUGUGGCAAAGAAGGAAUUGAAGGAUUCAUCAACCUUGGAAUGCCCCUCAGUUGUUUUCCUAAAAGCUGCCAGGUGGUAAUUACAUUUGCCCAAAGUAAAAAUAAUCAGAAAGAAAGUAACCAACUAUUUGGCCGGCGUGACGAGGUAUCAUCUACUGAGUGUGUCAAAUUUUACAUUCACGCAAUUGGAGCUGGAAAGUACAAGAAAAAGAUCGUUAAAUGUGGGCAACUUCACAAAGAAGGGUACAAACUCUGCAUCUAUGCUUUCAAAGGAGAAACCAUCAAGGAUGCUCUGUGCAAGGAUGGCAGAUUCCUUUCCUGUUUGGAGACGGAUGAUUGGAAACUCAUUGAAAACCUGGACACCAUUUUAGAAAGCACCCAGCCAGUCGAUGAAUUAGAGGGCAAGCUCUUUCAGGUUAAGGUUAUGAAAAGAAUGGAUCCCAGGGCAGCAGCUGCUGAGAAUUCUGAGUCGGCGGAAAGAAACACCUCUGUGUUUAGAGAAUACAUUGCAGACCAGUACCCCUGUUUGAAAAAAGAAAGUGAAAAAAUCAGAGAAAAUUUCAAGGAAAAAAUGAAAAAAAGAAAGGGGAAAACGUCAUUAUUUAAAUUGCAUAAGACAAGUUUUGGGAAAGUAACAAAAAACUCUACUCCGAUGAAAAUAGUAGAACUUCUUGGACAUCUCGGUAAGUCAGUUGGGUACAUAUUCUGGGACAACAAUGGAAUUAUGGGUUCUGCCACCUGCUUUGUUUUUAAAGGCUUAUUCAUUUUAACUUGUCGGCAUGUAAUAAAUGACAUUGUGGGAGAAGGAAUAGAGCCAAGUAAGUGGGCAGCCAUAAUUGGUCAGUGUGUCAGGGUGACAUUUGGUUAUAUGGAAUCCUCAGAGAAAGAAAAGAACUGCUUUUUCGUUGAACCUUGGUUUGAGAUAUCUGAUAAAACUCUUGACUAUGCUGUCCUGAAGUUGAAGGAAAAUGGACAAGAAGUACCUGCGGGACUACAUCAUGGAGUCACUCCUGUACCCCUUAGUGGGUUGAUACAUAUUGUUGGCCAUCCAUAUGGAAAGGAAAAGCAUCAUGAUGCUUGUGCUGUAAUCUCUCAGGAUCAGAGAGAAGAGAAAUGUCAGCAACACAUUCAGGCUAGAAAAGCAGAGGGUGUGCAGCAUAUCCAUAUGUUCACUCAGAGAAGUUUCAAGAAAAUAGCUGACAACGCUGAUGUGAUUACCUAUGACACCUCUUUUUACUUUGGGGCUUCUGGAUCCCCAGUGUUUGAUUCAAAAGGUUCGUUGGUGGCCGUGCACACUGCCGGCUUCGCUUAUACCUAUGAAAAAGGCAUUAGUAGUGUCAUUGAGUUUGGCUCUCUUAUGGCAUCCAUCCUCCUUGAUAUUAAGCAAAGAUAUAAACCAUGGUAUGAAAAAGUAUUUAUGAGCCAGACGGAUGUAGAAAUGAUGAGUGAUGAGGAUUGA